AUGGCCGACCGCGGCCCAAGCUGCCCACAGAGACCCAGCCCGCGCCGUCCGCCAGAUGUGGCAGCCGCUGCAUCCGCCGCCGCCAGCGCAAGGACGGGCACGCCACCGCCGACGCCGCCGACCAAGCCCCUGCGCCAGAUCGAGCGGAUCUGGGCGAGCCUCGCCCGCGCGCCGCCUCCCGAGCCGGAGCACCGCCGCCGCUGCACUUCACCAGGACGCGUCGCCGACGCGCCGCCUCCGACCGCCGCACCACGCGCCCGCCGCCGAGCCGCAGGGCCCCGCAGCAGCCCCGUGCCGCCACCAGGAGCCGCCGUCCUGCGCCGGCCACUCCGAGCGGAGGAGAAGAACGGGCCCCGCUGCCGCCGCGCCACCCGGGCUUUGCCCGUCAGCACCAGCCGGCGGUGGCGGGGGAGGAGGGGGAGAGGUGGGGACGAGGGGACCGGCGUCUAG